UCCGACGGCCGAGAGAGUCGCGUUCAAAUGAAGCCGAAUGGGGUGGGAAACGGAAAUCUGUGAACCGUUUAGGGUUUGGCGUCGCUGUUGAAAUUUAUAUACGUCCGUUCUCCACAUUUCGCUUUCGUUCUCGUACUUCCCCUUUUAGAAGUGUUCUUAUGGCAUUGCCGAACCAGCAAACUGUCGAUUACCCGAGCUUUAAACUCGUUCUCGUUGGUGAUGGAGGAACUGGGAAAACUACAUUUGUGAAGAGGCAUCUUACUGGUGAAUUCGAGAAGAAGUAUGAGCCUACCAUUGGUGUUGAGGUCCAUCCGUUGGAUUUCUUUACAAACUGUGGGAAGAUCAGAUUCUAUUGCUGGGACACAGCUGGCCAAGAGAAAUUUGGUGGUCUCAGGGAUGGAUACUACAUUCAUGGUCAAUGUGCUAUUAUCAUGUUCGAUGUCACCGCCAGGUUAACAUACAAAAAUGUUCCGACAUGGCACCGGGAUCUAUGCAGGGUCUGUGAGAAUAUUCCUAUUGUUCUCUGUGGAAACAAGGUUGAUGUGAAGAACAGGCAGGUUAAAGCAAAGCAAGUUACAUUCCACAGGAAGAAGAACCUUCAAUAUUAUGAGAUUUCGGCAAAGAGCAAUUACAACUUUGAGAAGCCCUUCCUUUAUCUUGCUAGAAAACUUGCUGGGGACCAAAACCUUCACUUUGUCGAAUCACCUGCUCUUGCGCCUCCGGAAGUCCAGAUUGACCUUGUCGCACAGCAACAACAUGAAGCGGAGUUGGCUGCAGCUGCUGCCCAACCUCUUCCUGAUGACGAUGAUGAUUUAUUUAUUUGACUAGAAGAUCCUACUCAAAAACCUUUAUGUUGUGAGCAGUCCUUGUCUUGAAUCAUUUUGAGUUAUUUUAACCAUCCGCUUUUGAACUUGAUUGAUGAAUUCAACAAUCUUACAUUUGAUGUGGAGCAGAUUGAUUAGUCUCGUGCUAAGCGAUCCAUUUCUUUCAUUGCUGAAAUGGCCAGUGUUAAUUGUGCUUGCGGAUUACAAUCUCAUGUUUAUGCGUACGAAACGCUUCUCCUAAUGUUUGAUUUGCGUGCAUCAUUAUUUAA